UAUCUCCCUCUCUAUAUAAUAUAAUUUUAAAUAUAUAUAUAUAUAUGGUGUGAGAAAGAGGGAGGGAGGGUAGAAGUACAAAUGGUGCAAAUGACAGUACUGAAGGUGCGAUUAUCAAGCGAGAAAUGCAAGAAGAAGAUCUUGAAAUCAGUUUCUGAUAUUGAUGGCGUAGAUAAGAUUGAAAUCGACACAACUAAAGACACAUUAACAGUUACAGGGGAUGCUGAUCCUUACAUGAUAAUUAUAAAAGCAAGAAAGGUCAUAAAAUGUGUAGAAGUUGUGACAAUUGGACCCCCACCCAAGAAGCCCGAGGAAAAGAAGCCUGAGGAAAAGAAGCCCGUGUGUAUAUGUAUACCUCCCCCUUAUGUCGCUUCUAACCCAGUGGCCGUGGUUCAUAUGACUCAAGAACCAUGUACUACUUGUUCCAUUAUGUGAAAAUUAAUAUUUUCUUGUAGAAUAUCAGUAUUUUAUAUUAAUGUUUGUGUAAAAUAGAUGUGCAAGAUAUUACCAUUUGAUUUAUAGUCUUGUAACAUUUCGAUC